AACACGUCUACAAAAGGCGGUUAACAUGAACAUUUUAGGUUUGGCUUCUUGUAUUUAGGCAGCCGAUUGCCCCAUUCAACCAGCAAUCCAUACAUACAUAUUCCGUUAGCCGUAACCAAAAAAACACCUUAUUUGUUGUUGAUGGGGAAAAACGAUAAAUCAUCGUUGGGAAGAGCCCUAGUUAAGCAUCACAACCACAAAAUCCAAGAAUCCAAAGAAAAGGGUCAGCUUUACUACAAACAGCACAAAAAGGUCCUUGAAUCCGUUACCGAUGUUGCCGAUAUUGACGCCGUUAUCCAGCAAGCCGACGAUGCUGUGCGCCUUUUCUCCGUUGAUAACCCCGCCGCCGUCAAUACCCUUAUUGAUUUAGAGUCAGGUUCUAGCACCAGUGAGCUGACUCCUCAUGAAAGAAGAGAAAACCAAAAGAAAGAGGAAGCUUUGCAUGCUAGCAGUCUUAAUGUUCCAAGAAGACCAGCAUGGAAUGCCAACAUGACUGUUGAAGAACUUGACUCUAAUGAAAGGCGUGCCUUUUUAGUUUGGCGCCGUAGUCUUGCAAGGCUUGAGGAGAAUGAUAGUCUUGUUCUUACUCCAUUUGAGAAGAAUCUGGAUAUAUGGAGACAACUUUGGAGGGUUCUUGAACGUAGCGAUUUGCUUGUCAUGGUGGUUGAUGCACGAGAUCCACUGUUUUAUCGUUGUCCUGACCUGGAGGCAUACGCUAGAGAGAUAGAUGAGCAUAAAAGGACACUGCUCCUGAUUAACAAAGCGGAUCUUUUGCCAUAUUCCGUGAGACAGAAAUGGGCCGAUUACUUCCAGCUUCAUGGUAUUUUGUAUCUCUUUUGGUCUGCCAAGGCUGCAACAGCAGAGUUAGAAGGAAAACAACAUGUUUCUUCUUCGCAAGAAACCGUUGACGAGGACACAAAAAUAUACGGGAGGGAAGAGUUGUUAUCCCGUUUACAGUCGGAAGCAGAGGAAAUAGCCCGUAUGAGAACCGACUCACAGCAAAAUUCAACUGAUGUGAAAACCGAACAUGUAACCGUUGGAUUCGUGGGGUACCCUAAUGUUGGAAAAAGUUCAACGAUCAACGCUUUAGUUGGUGCAAAACGAACGGGCGUGACAUCUACCCCUGGGAAAACCAAACAUUUCCAGACGCUUAUAAUUACCGAAAAGCUGACUUUAUGCGACUGUCCCGGAUUAGUAUUCCCGUCUUUCACAAGCUCGAGAUAUGAAAUGAUUGCAUCUGGGGUUUUACCGAUCCACAGAAUGACUGAGCAUCGGGAAGCGGUACAAGUGGUUGCAGACCACGUUCCACGCCACGUCAUCGAGGGUGUCUACAAUAUCAAACUACCAAAACCGAAGCCGUACGAGCCUGAAAACCGACCUCCUUUUGCAUCAGAACUUUUGAGGUCAUACUGCGCGUCUCGUGGGUACGUUGCAUCUAGUGGACUCCCUGAUGAAACAAAAGCCGCUCGUCAAAUUCUGAAGGAUUACAUCGACGGAAAGCUGCCUCAUUACGAACUGCCACCUGGCAUGUCGGACGAAGAGGAUGGUUCAAGAGAUGCAGGUGGGUCCGACGCGAGUGAGAGUGAUGAAUCGGAUUCUGGUGAAGGAACGAGGCUUGAUGACGUGAUGGAUGACCUUAAGUCAUUUGACGUGGCUAAUGGGUUAGGUCCUGGUAACGUGGUUCGUGGGGCUCGGAAAAAGGCGAGCUCGAGUGCGUCUUAUAAGCAGCAUAAGAAGCCUCAAAGAAAGAAGGAUAGAGCAUGGAGGGUUAAAGACGAUGGAAGUGAUGGGAUGUCGGUGGUGCGGGUGUACCAGAAGGCGGCCAAUGUUGGGUCGGUUAUGGCUAAGUGAUAAAAUUGGAUUAUGAAUGUUUUGUAUGAAUUUAUAAUGUCAUGUGAUGCACAUGAAUAGAAGAAUAUGAUUGAUUGUUUGUUUGUUUGUUUGUUUGGGUUUUGACCUUUGAAGUUCUGUUGGAAUUUCAUAUGUUGUUUGUGGUUCUAUAUUAAAACAAACCUUUCAUCACCA